AUGGUAAGUUCUACAAAAAUUCGAAAAUGCUAUCGAAUCGAUAUUUAGAAGGUUCUCAUGCUCUCCGUUCUCGUCGUUUCUUCCUUGGCCUUCGUGGUCCCUAACGAGAGUGUUCUCGGUUUGAAUCCUAAUCGAAUUCAACUUUAUUUUAAUAUUCAGGAGCCAUCCGCGCACGCCAAAUCCCGGCCGAAGCGGAAGAGCUUUCCGGCGAAGCUCUGGCAACUUACGUCAACCAUGCUCAGAAGUUCUACGUAGCAGAACACACCGGAAAGACGAUCGAAGAGCUGAAGAAGGGACUGAUGAAGGAAGAGUACCUUGUCGAGCCCAAGGAUGAGGAGCGCGCUCCAGAACUUAUCAUCGAAGCCGACAUUCCUGCCAGCUUUGACGCUCGUACUCAUUGGAGCAAGUGUGCUUCGAUUCAGCAUAUUCGUGAUCAGUCGACCUGCGGAUCUUGCUGGGCCUUCGGUGCCGCCGAGGCCAUUUCUGACCGUAUCUGCAUCGCCACCGACGGAGCUCAACAGCCAGUCAUCGCCGCCGACGACUUCCUUUCCUGCUGCGGACACACAUGCGGAAACGGCUGCGAAGGAGGUUACCCUAUCGAGGCUUGGCGCUGGUGGGUCUCCAAGGGAGCCUGCACUGGAGGUGACUAUGGAGGUGCUGGCUGCAAGCCUUACCCGAUCCCACCAUGCAGCAAGAACUGCCAAGAAUCUGCUACCCCAUCGUGCCAAGCUUCAUGCCAAUCUAGCUACUCUACACCUUACACGAAAGACAAGCACUUCGGAAAGUCUGCCUACGCCGUCGCCAAGACUGUCAGCGCCAUCCAGAAGGAAAUUAUGACCAACGGACCAGUCGAGACUGCCUUCACCGUCUACGAAGAUUUCUACCAGUACAAAAACGGAGUCUACGUCGUGAGUUCUGCUACUUCGUUAGUUUUAUGAGAAAGGUGAUGUUUUUCAGCACACCGCUGGAAAGAAACUCGGAGGACACGCUGUAAAGUUCAUCGGAUGGGGAACUGACAACGGAACGCCUUACUGGCUCGUCGCCAACUCCUGGGGUAACGAUUGGGGAGAGAAAGGAUUCUUCCGCAUCGUCAGAGCAGUCAACGAGUGCGGAAUCGAGGCCGCCGUCGUCGCCGGCCUCCCCAAGUAA